AUGGCCUGCGUGCGGCGUUGGCGGGAUGAGCCGGCAGCGGAGGAUGGAGAUGCUACUGCCGUCGCGGCCCCUGAAGGAGAAGGCCGAGGGGGCACCUACGCGCCGAAGAGCAGCCUGAGGAGUCGGCGGCGGCUCUGCCGUGAGCCACCGUACUUCACUGCUGAGCCCGAGAGCCGGAUUGUGGUGGAAGUGGAGGAGACGGUGGACAUGGCGUGUGCAGCGAUGGGGGCCCCGCUGCCCAGGCUGCAGUGGUACAAGGACGCCGUGCCGCUCAGCCAGCUCCAGGACCCGCGCUACCGGCUGCUCCCCGGCGGCCUGCGCAUCGAGCGGCUGCGUCCCCGCGACUCCGGCAUCUUCCAGUGCUUUGCCAGCAACGAAGGGGGCGAGGUGCAGACCUCCACCUACCUGGACGUCACCAAUGUCGCACCAGCCUUCACUCAGCUUCCGGCCGACACCACGGUCACAGAUGGGAUGACGGCCACGCUGAGGUGCGAGGUGUCCGGGGCGCCCAGACCCGCCAUCACCUGGAGGAGAGGAAGCCACGUGCUGGCCAGCGGCUCCGUGCGGAUUCCCAGGUUCAUGCUGCUGGAAUCGGGGGGCCUGCAGAUCAGCCCCGUCUUCAUCCAAGAUGCCGGCACCUACACCUGCUACGCAGCCAACACGGAGGGGUCCCUGAACGCGUCGGCCACGCUCACCGUGUGGAAUCGAACGUCCAUCGUCACGCCCCCUGAGGACCGCGUGGUGAUCAAGGGGACCACGGCCACGCUGCGCUGCGGGGCCACGCACGACCCCCGCGUCUCCCUCCGCUACGUGUGGAGGAAGGACGACGUGGUCCUCGCCCCGCCCAGCAGCUCCCGGAUCGUGGUGGAGCCGGACGGGUCCCUGCUCAUCAGCCAGACGUGGUCGGGCGACAUCGGAGACUACACCUGCGAGAUCGUCUCUGAGGGCGGCAGCGACUCCCGGACGGCCCGGCUGGAGGUGAUUGAGCUGCCGCACCCCCCGCAGAACCUGCUGGCCCGCCUGGACGCCGCGCACAGCCACGCGGUGCUGCUGAGCUGGGUGCGCCCCUUCGACGGGAACAGCCCAGUCCUGCGCUACGUGGUGGAGCUGUCGGAGAACAACUCUCCGUGGAAAGUGCACCUGGCGGACGUGGGCCCCGAGAUGACAGGCGUGGCCGUGCGCGGCCUGACUCCCGCUCGCACCUACCAGUUCCGCGUGUGCGCCGUGAACCAAGUGGGCAAGGGCCAGUACAGCGCGGAGACGAGCAGGCUGAUGUUGCCGGAAGAACCGCCCAGUGCGCCCCCGAAAAACAUAGUGGCCAGUGGGCGCACCAACCAGUCCAUCAUGGUGCAGUGGCAGCCGCCCCCCGAGACGGAGCACAACGGGGUGCUGCGCGGCUACAUCCUCAGGUACCGCCUGGCCGGGCUGCCGGGGGAGCACCAGCAGCGCAACAUCUCCAGCCCCGAGGUCAACUACUGCCUGGUGACCGAGCUCAUCGUGUGGACGCAGUACGAGAUCCAGGUGGCCGCCUACAACGGCGCCGGCCUGGGCGUCUUCAGCCGGGCGGUGGCCGAGUACACGCUCCAGGGAGUGCCCACCGCGCCCCCCCAGAACGUGCAGGCAGAAGCGGUGAAUUCCACGACCAUCCGCUUCCUGUGGAACCCCCCGCCCCAGCAGUUCAUCAACGGCAUCACCCAGGGAUACAAGCUCCUCGCGUGGCCCGCCGACACCCCCGAAGCCGUCACCGUGGUCACCAUCGCGCCGGACUUCCACGGAGCGCACCACGGCUACAUCAGCCACCUGCGGAAGUUCACGGCCUACUUCACGGCGGCCCUGUGCUUCACCACGCCCGGCGACGGGCCCCCCAGCGCGCCCCGGCUCGUCCGCACCCACGAGGACAGGCCAGGAGCUGUGGGGCACCUGAGCUUCACCGAGAUCCUGGACACGUCCCUCAAGGUCAGCUGGCAGGAGCCGCUGGACAAGAAUGGCGUCAUCACAGGCUACCGGAUCUCCUGGAGGGUUUACGGGAGGAACGACUCUCGGCUCACAGACACGCUCAACAGCACGACGCAUGAGUACAAGAUCCAGGGCCUGUCUUCGCUCACCACCUACACCAUCGACGUGGCUGCCUCACCCGCCGUGGGCGCCGGCCUGGCCACCUCGUCCACCAUUUCCUCGGGCGUGCCCCCAGAACUUCCCGGCGCCCCGUCCAACCUGGUCAUCUCCAACAUCAGCCCGCGCUCAGCCACCCUGCAGUUCCGGCCGGGCUACGACGGGAAGACGUCCAUCUCCAGGUGGCUCGUGGAGGGGCAGGUGGGAGCCAUUGGUGACGAGGAGGAGUGGGUCAGCCUGUACGAGGAGGAGAAUGAGCCAGAUGCCCAGACACUGGAGAUCCCAAACCUCACGCCUUACACUCAUUACAGGUUCCGGAUGAGGCAGGAGAACGUGGUGGGGGCCAGCCCCUUCAGCCAGUCCUCCCGGGUCAUCCAGACGCUGCAGGCCCCCCCGGACGUGGCUCCGUCCAGCGUCACCGUCCGGACCGCCAGCGAGACCAGCCUGCGGCUGCGCUGGGUGCCCCUGCCCGAUUCCCAGUACAACGGGAACCCCGAGUCGGUGGGCUACAGGGUCAAGUACUGGCGCCCGGACCUGCGGGCCCCCGCGCGGGCGCACGUCGUCAGCGACCGGCUGGAGAGAGAGCUGACCAUCGAGGAGCUGGAGGAGUGGACGGAGUACGAGGUGCAGGUGCAGGCCUUCAACGCCAUCGGGGCCGGGCCCUGGAGCGAGGUGUUGCGCGGCCGCACGCGGGAGUCAG